UUGGGAUCCGUUCUAAAUUAAUCCUCCCGUUAUUUUGAGUUCAGCGUGAGAACGAGGGAGAAAAGUUCGUCGCGUCCUUUUGCUUCCGCCUGCCCUCUCUGCAAUCGACGAUACGCCACUCUGUUCUGGUAUCCGUGGGAAGAUGACGAACUUUCUUAUUUGAAGAAUUGGGGAAUCGUGAGAUAUAUUCCCUAGAGUUGGGAAACCCUAGUGUAUUUCGCGACCCAACUGUUAAAAUUGCUGCAUUCGAACGGUUGAGCUCUGGAUUUUGAGGGCAUGCAGUGAUGACCUAUCUGCGAAACAUUUGGAAAUAUGUCGGAUCUGGAUCAUUUAAGCAGCAGUAUAAUUUUUCACGGUUCAGCAUAUUAGGGGAAGACAAAUGAAUCUUUGAUGCCCAAAUCAAAAGGAUCGCGGAAAUCAAAGUUCAUACGGAGGAAACUCUAAACUACUGAGUUUGAAGGAGGACAAUCGACGCCAAAAUCUUGGAAAUUUUGGCCUAGGAUAGGAAUCUAUGGCGUGUUUAGCACUCUCACUGCAACCUGUCAAUGGAUCUGAUAUCCUUCUACAAACCCGCGAGUGGUUUCCUCCGGCAAGGGCUCUGGUUGUUCUGUCGGCGUUCCGACAUACCCGCCUUGCAUUUGCCGGUGGCAAGAAUACUUCUUCCGAGGAUGCAGAUCCAACUUUGGGGGAUGACCCACUUUCAGCUGCUGGAGGCCAAGUGAUUGUUGGGAAAGAAAGCAAAUAUCGUGUGAUUUAUCGGCUGGUUAAUGGGAUCUACGUAUUGGGCAUCACGACAGUAGACCACGAUGACAGUGUGAACAAUGUUUUUGAAUGUAUUGAGAUUGUGAACCAGGCUGUCAGGGUCAUUGUUACUGCCUGUAGAGGUGUCGAUGUUUCUCCAGACAAAUUAGGGAAGAAGUACGCUGAGAUUUACAUGGCGCUUGACAUAAUUCUUCGUGGCAUCAGCAGCAUUAGGCUUGCAACGAUAUUGGCAUCGAUUCACGGGGAUGGUAUCCCUAAAAUGGUCCAUUCAGCAUUUGAUUCUGAGGGUCGGAUUAGAGGAGCUGAAGGUUGGAACCAGGUAGAGUUUGCUUCUUCGGAACAUCGUGGUAAUGUCGAGGUUUUCUCGAAUGCCAUCUUUGAAUUGCCUCCUGAAACUUUGGCUGCCGGUGAUGAAUAUGCUGCAACGAUUGCUCCUGCCCCACAAAGUUCUGCCGCACAAACGUCACAACAGCAGCAACAGCCUGAGCAGCCAGCGGAGGAGGCUGUGGAGAAGGAUCCUUUCGCAGCUAGUGAUGCCAUCAAUAAACCCGAGGCGCUUGUGGGUGGAUUUAAUAAAGCUAAAGAUGCUCCUUCUGAUCUUAGUGUUGCUCUUGCUGGGCUGGAAGUCACGGCCCUUCCUCCAGCUGCCGCUUCUCAGUCCACAUUUAUUGGAGUGGAAGGUUUUGAAGGAGAGUAUGGUGGGAUUGAAUUUGGCAAUGAGGAAGCAACCCUUGCUGAAGCUUUUGAAGGGUUUGAUAAUGCCUUUGGUGGAGGUCUGGAUGCAUCUGAAUUUGUCACGACUACGAAGGUAGGGCCGAAGCUGCAAGGCCUUGGUGGGCUUGAAGCACUUCAGUCAGGUCAAAGUGCUGCAAAAACAGCCUCAGCUGCAACUGCUGCUGGUGCAGGUACACCACUUGAAAAUCUUCUGGUUAAGCAAACAGAAGAAAUGAAAGGUCCCGAGUUGUUCAUUUCUGAAGAGAUCAAUGCAGAAUUUUGUGAGUCACUGCUUGUCAGAGUAGGCCUACGAGGCACAGUAUUUUUUAGAACUUUGCUUCCAAAAGAUUCAAAUGCUAAGGAUACAGAGUUUUCUUUCCGAGUUGAAAAUUCAGCUGGGAUUAAGAAGGCAGCUAUGCAAAGUUCUAUUCUUAGCAAUCUUGGAAAUGGCAUGUUUCAUGUCAGGACUCCUCCUGUUGACAAACCAGUACCGAUUCUGAAGUAUAGUUUACAGCCACAUCUUACUCCGCUGCCACUGAGGGUUCGUCUGGUUAAACGUCUAAGUGGAACUUUGCUUUCUCUAAUGAUUCAGUAUGCUGCAGAUCCAGAGUUAUCUGAACCACUCAAGAACGUCACAUUUGUUGUGAAGUUGCCUGCUGACCCGACAUUAUUGAAGGUUUCACCUAAAGCAAUUUUGAGUAGAUCAGAAAAGGAAUUGAGAUGGAGUGUCCAAGAGAUCCCCUUGAAAGGUCCUCCUGGCUGUCUAAGAGCGCAAAUGCCUAUUGACUACCCCGAUGAAGAGACUGCUAAGAAAGAAAUUGAACUUACUGGGGAGGUGAAAUUCUCGGUUGAAGGUAGAAAGCUGUCUGGGAUUUCUUUAAGUUCGGCUUCUGAAGGCAAAACAGAUUUUUAUGAGGGUGUCCAUAGAUACUCGACGGGGAGUUACUUGUGUUAUUGAUUUAUAAUGGAGAUGUGUUUUUUUCUCAGUCUGUUUGCAGUUCGUCAUGUUUUGUGUUCUGUGUGUUCCCAUGCACUGUAGUUUCAAUGAACGAUUUUGAAUUCUCGCAGUGUCUUCUGUUUUCCAUCACGGGGAGUUAUAAUGCUAAAUGGAGUUUCUUGGUGUUUUA